AUGUCACAAAUUACGGCUCGGAGGGCUGUGCUCCCUGAAGUGCCCACUGCGGGUUUUUCAGCAGAGAGGACCGAAGGGGCCUCGCUGCGGCCUCAUGGGGGUAAGGAGGCCGUGCUGAUGGGCAGCGUCAGCCUUGCUGACAGGCAGACAUUUAAGCGGGAACGUCUUGGCUUUAUUCCAACAUCACUGCACCAGCUCGGUUCCCGCCUGCAGGGAGGACUGACACACAGGGAAGCGGCCCCCCCGGGGGAGCCAGCCGCGGGUAGAGCGGGGAGUCGCCCGCAUCCCCUACCUUUAAAGAGAGAGCAAGAGAAGAAGAAAAAGAAGAACAGGAAGAAAAAGGGCUACGAGAACGUGGACGUCAAUGGGUUCGUGGAGCACCUGAAGGCGGCGUCCCGCGGCGGGCAGGCGGGGGCCGCGGACAGCGCCGAGGCGCGGCGGGAGGUAGCGCUGGCCCUGAGCAAGGACAGGCGGCGCGAGGGGAGGAGGCUGAGGCGGCGAGAAGCAAAGAAAAACGCCAUGGUGUGUUUCCACUGUAGAGAGCCCGGCCAUGGGAUUGCUGAUUGCCCAGCUGUACUCGAAAGUCAAGAUAUGGGUACAGGAAUCUGUUACCGCUGUGGAUCCACAGAGCAUGAAAUCACCAAGUGCAAAGCAAAAGUAGAUCCAGCUGUUGGACCCUUUCCAUAUGCAAAAUGUUUUAUCUGUGGUGAGAUGGGGCAUCUUUCAAGGUCAUGUCCAGAUAAUCCCAAAGGAUUAUAUGCUGAAGGUGGCUGCUGCAGACUUUGUGGCUCUGUGGAGCACUUCAGGAAAGACUGUCCAGAAAACCAGAACUCAGAUCAUGUUACGCUUGGGCGAUGGACCAGUGGAAUGAGUGCAGAUUCUGAAGAAAUUAUAGAAACACCAAAGCUGCAAAAAACAAAAGUGAAAGGACCUAAAAUUGUUAAUUUCUGAAGGCCACUCCUGAACACCAAGCUGCAGUAACCCUGCAUUGCUUCACUUCAGAAUAGUGACUGCGCUGGAUUGCUGGAUCCAGUAAAUCAACCAGACUGAUGUUGCUAAAUUUUCUUUUGUAUUCCUAAUUUUUCCACCUUGCCUCCCAUACUCACU